CUCAAGCUACAAUUGCUUGCGUCAGGGGUACUUGGGCAUGAUUUUUUAGUUUUAUUUGCAUAAGCCUUUUUAGGAAAGUUCUCAGUAAAGAAUAUACGAACUAUUUAUACAACACUGUCGCUGUCCUCCAAAGCCUGAGCAAAUUUGCGAGAGUUGAUUCACUUUUCUACAUUUCUGAGGUUGUCUCAAUUUGGAAUAUUUAAAGACUGGAAUGAGACAAGGGUGAUAAGAUCGUGGAUGUCCGCUAAAUAUAAGCUUUGAGCUAUUUACCCACCAAGACCUUAGUUUCACCACCAUAAAUGCAAGAAAAGAGGGCCAAAGAGCAGGACGUUAUUCAGCCAACUCUGAAACGUGGCCAGGCCUGCCUUUCGUGCCGUAAGCUCAAGCUUAGGUGCUCUGCUGACAAGCCGACUUGCAGACACUGCUACAAAACGCGUAGGGAAUGCGUUUAUGAUAGCUCAGAGGCGCAAGAGAUUAUCAGACUGUUAAAAGCACAGCAACAGACUGAAAAUGCUGCAGCGACUCAACGAGCUGUGUUCUACAGGCACAAUCCGCCUGGAACCUCAAUACAGUCAUUUAUAACGCAAGCACCGCAAACAGCACCAAAUGCAGCGAUGUCAACUGGUCAAAGCAGGGCAUCGCCGAGCUACGCAAACUACGGCCAGCACCAUGUGCAGCACUACGGGCAGCAAUAUCUUCCAGGAGCGCACGUUGGCGAUUCUUACGUAAUAAGACACGAAGAGGCCACAUUGUUUGACCAAAAUCUGCAGUACCUCAAUCAAGGCUGCCAAAGCGACUAUCAAGACGCUUACUAUUUCCUUAAUAAUGCCCAUAUGCAGUAA